UUUCCUGCGUCUAAGCGAGAGAGUUUCAAUUCAAAAACUCUCAAGGAGGAUGGCUCGAGGAGUAGCGGCGAAGUCGAGUGGUGGUGCUAAGAAGAAAGGAGUGUCUUUUGUGAUCGACUGCUCUAAACCAGUUGAUGAUACGAUCAUGGAGAUAGCCACGCUUGAGAAGUUUCUUCAGGAACGAAUCAAGGUCGGAGGUAAAGCCGGUGCUCUUGGUAACUCCGUUUCCAUUACCCGAGAUAAUGGAAAGAUCACCGUCAACGCCGAUUCCAACUUCUCUAAACGGUACACUUCUUUUCUUCUCUCUCACGUCUUUAUAAACCCUAACUUGAAUUUUGAAUUCAGGUACUUGAAGUAUCUGACAAAGAAGUAUUUGAAGAAGUACAAUCUCCGUGAUUGGCUACGAGUGAUUGCAUCUAACAAAGACAAAAAUGUCUAUGAGGUACGCUACUUCAGGAUUGACGAUGAAGUAGUUAGUGACCAAGAAGAUUAAGCUCGACCUUCUUCAUUCAUUUUUAAUUACACUUAGUCUAGAUUUUUCCUGCUUAGGACGGAUCUCUAUAAUUGUUCCUAUAAGUUUUUGCUGUGGGCAUUGGUGUUUUUUUGGAAUGAUUUAGUGGUUAAAAUUGACACAAGAAUGAGGACUAAAUUCAUUUUAAAUUU